GCAGUGCGUGCACUACUGGUGCCACGACUGCCACCAGUCUGGUAGUGGUGGCUGGCGUGCAGCAGUGACAGGCAGUGACAGUGAGUGACAGGCUACAGAAACCAAUGUAAACCAAUGUCUCUCCCUGCCAACGGUAGUUCGAUAUAAUAGCAGCUACGUGUCAUGUGCAUAAAUCUAACUUACACCAAAAACUGACGAACGUAACUUUAUCCUUCCGUAUUUCUUUUUCGUACCUGGUCGUCUCGUGCAUCCUCGAAGCUGAAAUAUGCGGCAGUUGAAGGGAAAGACGAAAGAGACGAACAAACAGAAGAAGGAACGGAAAAAGGAGUUUCUUGAAAAUAAGCAGCGGGUGUUCACAGUCGUGUUACCCACCAUAGCUGCAAUAUUUGUGAUAAUAGCAGCAUACGUUUAUGUUAAAACCCGUCCAAAACUACUUGAUUACUAAUCAGCUUACAUUUUGUAACCACUUUUGUCGUCCAUUCGUUCUAAUGCAUAAACCACACCUUGACAAUGCAAAAAUUCUUUGCAUUCUUUUAUGGAUAUAUGAAUAAGUUUUUUUUCUAAAAGAAGGCACAUUCCACUGUUCUCUCCAGGGAGAAUCUUGUAUCCCAAUCUAUAAAACUGGAAACAGAAUGCUAUUUUUGCAAAUGUCUGUAUUAUUUAAUUUGAUAAGAAUAUUUUUCAAGUCAAGAAUUGUGUAAUAUAUUAAGAUUUAUAUAAUUAUAUAAAAAGGCAUAAAGGGGUUAAAUGUUUUGUACAAAAACAUUACAAGCACAAGAAAAGUUAAUUUAUAUCACGUUUCUUAAAGAGUAAAGUUUAUUUACUUCGAAACAAUGUAUUGAGUUCAUUGUAAUUUAUGGACGGAAUUCAUAUGUUAUUUCAUUGGUUAAGUAAGCUUUAAGUCUGCUCGUGGCUAGACUUAAGACGAUUCUUGAACUUACGAUCAGUCUAUGAAUUCCGCCCUAGGUCUUCCUUAAUUCUUUUUUUUUCAUGCAUGUUCUUUCCAUCAUUGAAUCACGUAUCAUAGAGUUAUAUAAAGAUAUAGAAUUUCGUUUUCAUGAAAUAUUUUGUCUGACUAUUUUUUGUAUACUUCUCUAAACAUUACACAUAGAGAGAGUCCAUAUCUGUAAAUAUAUAUGUUUUAAUAGUUAUAAAUCAAAUUGGAAGAUUGUUAGUAUGUAAAGUAUUCAAAUAAUGAAUAUGGGUCCAAUGCGGUAUGAAAAUAUAUUUGUUAUAUAUAAAUA